ACAUUCCGUUAUUCAAAAGCCCGCAAUGUCCCUCGAUAAUCCCAGAUACCUUUCGGAGCUUUUCUUAAAUAUACGUGGCCGUUCUAUCGCUUGGGAUGCUCACGUCCGCGCUGGCUUGAUUACAGAUUCGGAUGUCAAAAAGAUCAAAGCAAUCGAUAAGGUAUUGAAGGAGAAGCAGGUUAGCGUGGUUGAAAAGGAUGUCGACGGCUACGCUGCGCUCGUCCUGGGCCCCGAGGGGGCAUUGAGGAAAGCUACAGAUGGAAAGAGGAUGGAUGUCGUGGCUUAUAUGCUCGUGUUAAUGGGUGAUCUCUUGGAGGGUGUGUGCGAUACAUUCGUUUACUAGUUGUCUGGAACCAACCCAGAUUCAAUCGCGAAACCUCAAGGAGAUGGGCUCUCUACGAUGGUGAAUCGUGUUUGGCUGACCGCAAGCGCUGGUCGUGUUAGGUGUUCCCGCGUUCACCGACUCUCUUUUAUCUCUUCCUAUGCCAUUUGCUCAUCUCCUGUCGCUGCUGUCGCACACGGAUGAAUCAACCCCUCUCCUCAGCGCAUCUGUCCUUACUACGCUUCUUACCGCCUAUCUGAAAUCUUCAGUAAAGCCCUCUGCCGAUGCCCGCAACGCCCUUCCAAAGUUGUACCAUUUUUUCGCAGGCCUCACCAAAUCAUCAGAUGGACAUCUUCAGGAUAUAGCGAUUCAAUCUUAUGUCUCGCUACUAAGAAGCACGUUUGCCAGGGCUAUCUUCUGGGAUAUGGAGGAGGAGACUGUGGCUCCUAUAGUCAGGAUCUUGGAGACGGCGGCCGCCGGAAAUGGCGGCGGAAGUGACAGAGUCACUGGCGUCACUGGUGGGACUGGCAUAGUUCAAGGAGGGGUGGGGUUGCAGCUGCUUUAUCAUGUUUUACUUGUGAUUUGGGAACUCACUUUCGAAGAGUUGGUGGCCGAAGGAAUUAAUCCGUACGUUCAAUACUAUAUAUUAUUUGAGUGCACUACUGAUCGGCAAUGGUAUAUCCUUAGGAAAUAUGACGUGAUACCUCCCAUAACUGAAAUACUUCGUUCAUCCUUGAAGGAGAAGAUCACCCGAUUGGCGCUUGCAACUCUUGCAAAUCUUGCUACCGAAUCACCAUCUACCAAUCUACCGCCGCUCCUUCUCUCGAACAUACUUCCGUACCUUCAGCAACUUUCUUCACGCUUCACUUCCGCGUCCGAUCCAGAUCUCACAGCCGACCUCUCGUCCCUAAUCGAAGCUUUGGACUCUUUCCAAUCUUCACAAACCACACUCUCAUCCUACCGACUUGAGAUUAUUUCCGGUCAUCUCCGCUGGUCCCCACCUCAUCGCAAUGAAGGUUUCUGGAAAAGGCAUGCAAGGGAGAUUAUGGAUGACACGGAGCUUGUGAAGGCGCUUUCACGAGUUUUGAGCGGCAGCACAGAUAAGACUGUACUAGCCGUUGCUGCGAACGAUGUUGGUGUUUUGGUCAGAGAAGCUCCUGGGGGCAGGAAGAAGUGGGAAGAACAAGGCGUUAAGUCUAGGGUUAUGGAAUUGAUGGGUGAUAGUGAUGCGGAGGUCAGAUACGAGGCCCUGAAAGCGGUACAAGGAUUCCUGGCCAACGCUUUUAGUUAG